AUGUACCGUGCCCUGCAACUGCCAGUAUUUUUACUAGAAGACGACUUGGAAGUGGAUAAUGAAGAAAGGUCGGAAGGGGGCAGCGGUCCACCAUUUUCGAAGCGUCCAAUAAUCGACGAAGAUGAAUUGCUGAAGCAAUAUCAGCGUAUGCGGCAAGAAUUGACGGCUCCAGACACAAUUAAUCACAAGUAA